AUGUGGUUCUUUCGCGCCAAGACCCUUGAAGGCUUCGCCUACCUCACCGUCUGGCUCGUCUUCAUCUUUCUCAUAGCUAUUUCCUGUGUGGCCCUCCUCGCCGAAGCGGUCAGGUCAUCUCCCACUCGCUCAUGGAAGCACAACUACAACGUCUUCGUUCUCGGAGGAGCAUACUUUAUCGUCAUUGUGAUGUCGAUUGCGCUAUGUCUGAAACGACGUAUUUCAAUGUUCAGAAGGAUGCAGAGGAUCUCGAAGGGCCAUAUGGCUAUUGGGAAGCACGACAUACCUGCCCCCGUCCACGAACUUAUUCUGCAACAAUAUGCUCGCACGGCGCUCAUUGCAUAUAAGGCGAUACCUACAGACGUUCAGCAUGAAGGCUGGGGACACCCAAACUCUAAGUAUCCGGAGGUACAUUAUCGACGCGCACUCUUAGACUCGGUCCGAGAACUUGACUCUCUCGCUCGUCUGCUCAUUCCCAGUCAACCUCGGAUGCGUCCUCGUGACCGAAUACUCCAUCAUUUUCGCUUCAUUGCACCUCUCCUUCCGAAGGACCAAGACGGACUCUCUCCGCUGCAAUACUAUGACUCUGCCAUUCAACUGGCUAGGAAUGCGGAAAGGGAACCUACUGAGAGGGAAUAUGAAAUUGGAAUUAGUGCGGCCAGGCAGAUCAAGACUAUACUGGAUGAGGUUACGCAGGAGAUGAUGGAGGGGUCUAACAUCGACCUGACUCUAAAUGGUUAUAGUUGA